UUGUACCCGGUGAUUAUCAUAGAUAAGCCCAUGCGUGUGUGUAAAGGGUAGGGGUGACGUAAUAGAUUGUGUAGAUUUCUUUUUGUUCUUUCUGUUUCUGUUCAUGAAUGUUCAUAGAUAUUUUCACCACUAAAUGCUGUUAACCAAAGCACCACCUAACUUUGAGAUAAUUAAUUAACACUAUCAACAGGUCGGAGAAAUUUGUCUUCCCGUUCCUCUAACAAGACUCGUAUUUGUGUUUACAAUGGCACACCCCUCUCAUCGGACUCACGAAGCGAGUCCCUGCGGAAUUGGAUGUGUGGUCCACUUACCGAACGGUAAAAAAGCUGAGCCACUCGUAUCAGAAACAUGCACAGCAAUGGAGUUCAAGCAACAGUGUUUUUAUCUGACACCUAAAUUUGACAAAAACGCGUUUAACGUAGUUCUUGUGCAUCAUGACGGUACUCAGGAAAUAAUGAAGGAUGAUGAGGAAUUCGGAGCUGAAAGAUUACAUGAGUGUAAAAUUAUCAAAUUCACUCCCAUAAACCGGCAAGAAACAGCACUCCACUGAAAUUGAAAGUAGUGUCUUGGGCUCAGAGUUUCUUCCAGGCAUCUCUCCUCUACUGCCCCCCCCCCCCCCCAACGAGAUGGAAUUUAUAUAUUAAAGAUACAUUUUUACUAGU